GCUCGCGCACAAGUUGCCAGAAUCUAAGCGGCGCGAGCCAACUGUGAGUGGACGCCGCUUGAGCGGAGCGGACUAGUUUUAGGAGAUUUUCAGACCGAGACUUCUGCGGAAUUUAACCGAAACCACUGCGUUUCCCUCUUUUUAAGAGCCUGACACUGUCACAGCGUUCACUGAGGGCUGGAGAGCUGGAAUAUGGGUGAGGGAAAGCGAGAGUCAGCGGAGAGAGAGGACUACAAACAAAGGAGAGACCCGCUGCCCUCAAAGAAAACCUAACGGACAAAAAACACUGAGGAGAAAAAACAGCGACCGCGUUUAACAGCAGAUAUCUCACAUAUCUCACCAGCUUUAAGAAGAAGAACGGGCUGGAAAAGCAGUUUAAUGACUGACUGGCUGGACUAGAAGGAGACUUCGGAGGUUAAACCUUGUGAGGAACACUUUCCAACACAGUCAGGGGGGCUGAAUACUACAGUAACGCUAGUUAACUAUCGUUAACUGGCUUCAGUGGUGUGGAAAAUGGGGAUAGUCUGACUCCCGUGUGAAUAGCGCAGUGACCCGUCUUAUCCCGUCUGUUUGCCUUUAAAACGUGGCAGUCUCGGUUUUCACCUCAGUUCUGCAGAAAUCCGCUGUGUAAUGGAGCAGCCACUCUUCAGCGCAAAGGCACAUGUGUUCCAGAUUGAUCCAGCCACUAAGAGAAACUGGAUUCCUGCCAGCAAGCAUGCAGUCACUGUCUCAUUCUUCUAUGAUGCCAGCAGGAGUGUAUAUCGCAUCAUCAGUGUAGGAGGUACCAAGGCAAUUAUAAACAGCACUAUUACACCCAACAUGACCUUCACUAAGACGUCACAGAAAUUCGGCCAGUGGGCGGACAGCCGGGCCAACACAGUCUAUGGUUUAGGCUUCGCCACAGAGCAGCAGCUUCAACAGUUCUCAGAUCAGUUCAAAGAACUUAAGGAAGCUGCGCGACUCGUCCGGGAGAAGUCCCAAGAAAAGUUUGAGUUGAUAAACACUGGUCUAAACAUCGCUGCCCCACAGUUGUCACAGGGUCUCUCUGAAGACCGCCACUCUCCACCACCGCUUCUGUGUGUGAAUGGCCCUGGGGAGGACAAGCUGUUCCGCAGCAAGAGUGCGGACAUUGAACUGGCCUCAGAGAAGGAGCAUGUGAAGAAGAUGCUUUCUGAAGGAUCAGUAUGUGAAGUAAAUAUGGAAACCGAGCUGUUAAAUCUACAAGAAAGCAACGCUAAACUGGUUGCGGCGCUCCAUGAAGCCAACAGCAGCAUUGAUCAGUGGAAGAAACAGCUGGCUGAGUACCAGGAAGAGACGGACAGGCUGCGAGAGCAGGUGGUAGAGUUGGAGGCUCAGAGUGGUCAUCCUGCUUCUUCUGAGAAGCGGAAAGAAGAGAUCUCCCGCUCUGUUGAAGAGAUGGAGGCACUUAUAAAGGCUAAAGAUGAAGAAAUUAACACUCUGCAGAGUAAGAAAUCUGAUUUUGGGGAGAUGGAGAAAGAAAGGGAGGAGGUUUAUAAAAGAAUGCAGGAGCUGGAGGAGAAGAACGCUGACCUGGAACAGCAGGUCCAGAAAGCAGAGCAGACUUUGGUGUCCUCCCUUGAUGCUCGACAGCAAACCGAAAGUGAAGUGCGGAAAGUCAUUGAAGUGCUGGACGUCAAGAUUGUUGACCUAAAUGACUUGCGACAGAGCCUGGCCAAACUUGUAGAUAAAUAGCAUCCACACCAGAGUGAUGGGUAAAAAGAAUAAAACAGCUAAAACACCUUAGCAAAGACCGUACAGAGCACAAUUCCUCCUCCCAAGGGCAUCAUCUGUAGUGGGGAAUGGCUGUUUGUGUAACUUGUUUGGCAAGAAUUUUAGUCUUGUGAGAAAAAGUUAUGAAGAAUUUAACUCUUAAUUCUUAUUGUAUGUACGUGAGGCCUGUGGAAUCUGCAUUACCACAUGUUACACCUUAUGCAGCUCAGAACAAGGGCUGAGGUUUUUCCACCUUUCUUCAUCUUUGCUUGUGUCUUUUUGCUGUGUCUACAGUCGUCAGCCUGCUGAUGGAUCAGCAGUGAGCUAUUUGUUAGAACUGCGCCUGAGCACAUCAAAACUGCACUGAAGAUUGAAGUGAGAGAAAGGGCAGGAACAGAUCAGUGUUCAGAAAGCAUUCUUGACGGGUACGAGAGAUGAGAGUGUAGCCUUGAAUUACUUUAAUACUUUGAUCAGAUUGUGGUUGUUGUGAACUAAUGUUUUACUUUGUUUGUAAUGUGUGGCUUGUUUGUAUGUCCACUUGGGUCAUUUUUCUCUAAAAGCACAGUGUAAUUAAAUAUUAGAUUAGAAAAGGAGAGAAAAAGGAUUGCAUUGACUGGUAAAAUACAUCAAAUACAUCACUAGCAUUAAAUACCAUAAUAAAUACUUAUAAACCUAGCUGACACUAGCAUGAUUCUGGUGGUAGAUAAAAAUAAAAUGAUGUAUUUACCAUUUAGUGAUUCAAAAAUGAAGUAUAUCUACAUAAGUACUUUAGGCUCUUUGUGGAAUUUAGGGUAAUUCAUUUAAGCAGUAACGAUUAAGGAAAUUGCAGUGGGUAGCAGUAUCGAAACUACACUAACUCUAAAUCACUCUGAAAACACUAAGUCACUUGUGGACAGUAUUAUUUUUACCAUCACUAAUAGUUAAUAUAAUCAUAAUUGUGACGCUAUCAUUACCUUAGAAGCUGCUAUGAUGUAUGUGGAAGUUUUUUAUUAGGAUAUGAAUUUCAAUGGAAAUAAUAACAGGAAGGAGUCCAGUAAUAAGUGAACAAUUUAGAGUGGAGGUGUUCCUGUAAACUGGACUGGCUAGUGUCUGUUAUUUUCUAGCCACUUUGCAUUGGUACUGCUAAUCACCCUUUAGGUACAGCACUAUAGAGUGUAUUAUGCUAGCUUGCAACAGUCACGUUAUGCUAUACCUCACUAACCACUACACUUAAGAAGUAGGCAUUUUAAUAUUAUAUGUAAUGCCAAUUUAGCACAAGUAUUCAAUUUAAAGCUGCAAAAAUUGGAGCUUUUGUUCAACAGGGUAUAAAGGUGCUAAAUAAAAUGCCAUUAAUGGCGUCUCAAUCUAAGCAGAGCAAUUUAAACAUUAAUAUUGUCCAGUUCUUUCUGCAGGACAAACCUCUGCUAGAUAAGUAUUAAUAAUACAGGCUUAUAUUCCUACAUAAACAGGAUGUUUCUUUCCCUCUUCAAAGCUUUUGCAUAAAUGCUAUUUUUCUAACAUGCAGGUUAUUGACAUUUUUGUACUAUUUCACAAUAAAAAAAGCAACUGCUUUACCUUG